ACUUUGCUUGUAGCCAAUGAUCUGUCGACAAUCGAUACCGCCACCCACAAAUCCCUACCUUCAACUGCGACGUAUCUGCGUAUUCCUUCUUUUUUCCCUUGUCAACUUUAUCUAUUAACCACCGUCAAUCGACAAAACUCGCGCCCGAACUUGCGCUUUCUAAUUCCAAUCCGCAUUGUUUUUUGUGUUUAUCUUCAAACAAUGCUUAGCUAAACGACGCUAAUCUUAAUUGUCCUUUUUUUCUCUCUCUUUUUCGUUAAGGUUUGCCGAAUAAUCGCACGCGGUUUGGCCUGAAUAGACGCGUUUCUUGACGUAUUCGCGAUGGUCGGGCCUCGAGGGGCGCGUCUGCCGGUUGGCUCCGCGCCAUGGAUCUUGGAGGAAAGGUCAUCUGCUCUGCAGAUUGCACAGUCAGAGGUUGAGGAAUUCUCCUUCUCCGCUAGAAACGACUUUGACUGGUUGAAUGAGCAUAUGGCCGAGAUAUUUAGCGAAAAUCAGAUUAGCGUUGCCGAGAUAUUUAAAACUCCAGGUAAAUUACGAGGCAAAACUCCUCGAACGAUCCGAAAAUUAAACACGGGAGAAGCUCGUGUCCCCCUCUCUAAUAUCUUUUCCUCCACGCCUAAGGGGGCUCCGAAUCCUUUUGUUAUGCCGAGCGUGAAUCGAAAUAACACCCCCAGGAUUGAAAUAGCUGCAGACCCUCAACCCUCCCCUCCAAAGGCAAAUGCGCCAGAGAGUCCCUUGAAGCAUGUGGCUCCUCCCAAACAUGCGUCUUUCACCAAGCAAGCAUCUGCUGUGGACUCUGGAUACCAUGGUAGCCAGUCUCAGGACGCGAUGGACGUUGAUUACGACGCAAUUGAAGAUGAGGCAACACGGCCUUUUAGUUCAGAGGGAAACAAGCAGGACGACAUGGCUUUCGACACGUCUCCCAAUCACCGUGAACAUACCAGCUCAGUUCCUCAUUCGCCAGAGCCCACAGUCGGCACGAACGCAGCCGAUCUUGACACCCAGUAUCUCACAGCCAAUGCCCCGACAGGUACCUCUUCUGAUAAAAUAGAGGGUCCUCCUGAGAGCACCACCCCAGCAGGCUCGCCCUUACGAUCGCCUUCUUUACUGAAAAGCUCGUCCACGAAGCGCCCAGCCGCUCCUGGUAUGUUUGGAGCUGAUGUUGAAGACGAUGUUCAAGACGAUGUUGUAGAAGGAGAUGCGAUGGAAACUGUACCCGAAGAGGACGCAUCGAGAUCCUCUUCUGAAAGCUCAAGUCCUAUUCGACCUAUUGUUCGAAAGAGUAGUCUCAACUUUGCUUCCCUACCCGCAAGGGAGCCAAUCACGCAUAAAAGCAUUGGCAACCGGGUAUCAAGAACUAGCCACCUAGAUCAGAAUCGAACUAGUUACUAUAACCGACAUACUGGAGGAAAGAGUCUUGGACGCGCAAAGCAUGAUCUCACAGACGAUGAGAAUGAUGAUAUAGAUACUGAUGACGAUCCCCUUACUCAAGAGCCCCAACUACAGCCAGUGCCGGAUAAUGCAGCCACGCACAACAAGACUUAUACUCAACGCCUUCAGGACCAAAUCAGCAAAUUGGGCCAAGCGCAAACACAAACUUCCAGAACUUCAAAGUCGAUCCCUGAUCCCUCGGUCGCUCAAUCAACAAAUGCUGCAGUCACCAUAUCCCAGUCCUCGACUCAUUCAAAGCCGCUGCCUUCACCUAAAAAGACCACAACCCCAGGUGCUUUCCCUGAUGACGAUGAUGACGAUGAUUGGAUCGGGCCUCUUGGCUCGCCUGAGAAUGCGUCCGACUUCCGUAGCCCGCGGCCUGGGCUAGCUAAGAGCUAUACUGCCGAUGUAAUGGAAGGCGUGUCUGGUAAGGACACAGUGAGCGGUAGUGAUUUUGUAGUGGCGAAGACUCACCAAGCUCAAAAUAAAUCCCCUGAACGCCCUGCAAUUGAAGAACGGGCGACCAACACUUUCAGUCAUCACAAGUCCGUGUCUGUCCCUGUGUUGCCGCUUCAAGAAGCCCCGGGCACCAAUGGGGAUGGUCUUACGAAAACUGCCUCUGCGUCCAAUCCAACCCUCGCUACUGUUCCUGAAAUAGAUAGGCCUACUACGCCUACGAAGUCACCAUCACGGAGUUUAAAGGACAGCCCCUUAAAGCAAGUCAAGAACAAGUUGUCGUCGAUCCUCAAAGGCUCCAAGGGAUUGCUAGCUAGCAGCGCUGCUAUUAGUGCCGAGGGGAAAACUUCGCUCUUGUCGCCUUCCAGUACUAAAUUAGGUCUUCAAAUAUUUCCAUCUACUGAUACACUUGCUUCUCCUAAAGGAAAGGACGUGCAGCCUCUCUACCCAGAUCUCUCCCGUCUUGCUCUCGAUGCCCAGACUCUUGAACGCGUUGGUAGUCCGAUGCGAUCAGAGUCUCGAAGAACCAGAGCUUCAAUAGAACGGGAGAAGGCCGAGGAGAAGCGUAAAGAGAAAGAGGCGAAAGAAGCACGACUGAUGGCUGAACAAAUGGACAAGCUCGAGAAGGCUCGCGAGAAAGAGCGUGAGAAAGCUCGCGUAUUCACUCAGGAGCAAGACAGAGUUAUUGCGAUGGAAAAGCAAGUUGCGUCUCAGAAGGAGCAGGAGAAGAAAACAAUCACACAGACACCAGGCAAUUCAUCGAAAUCAGCACGGCCUAGCCCGCGGAAGACUAAGAUACAACCUGCUGCUGAAGAAAAGAUGGCGACUAGUAGUUCCUCUGAUGAGAAGCAGGGGGAUGAUGUUGACAUGGUUGACGUACCUAACCCUAUGCCACCGCCAUCGGCCCCUCGGUCUAUCGCACCUCCUUCGGCUACCAAGGGCCGAGAGAUUAAGCGGCCUGUCAGGCCUGCAAAGGAGCAGGUGACAAAACAGAAACAGGCGCCCACUGUCAUCCGCGUUAAUAUGGGUUCGCAACAUUCCCAAUAUCAUCCGUCUAAUAGUACUCUAUCAUCAAGUCUCCAUGAAACACUUUCUCAAUCCCAAGGCAAAAAUAAAUCUAACCAGCUCCCACUACACAAGCAGUCGUUACAGAGCCUUAAGAGCUCGACGUCAUCUUCGGGACGACCAAAAGCCCUUGAAGCGGCGGCCAGAAGAAAAGAGCAGGAGGAACGUGAAGCGCAACGCAAACGCGACGCGAAGGCUGAAUUGGAGCGCAAGAGAGCUGCCAUGCAGGAAGAAGAGAGGCGCCAAGAGCAACAAAGAAGGGCCGAUGCUGAGCGGCAGAAGGAGGAGGAACGAAAGCAAGCGGAGGCCAAGAAGAAUGCCCAGAGACAAGCAAUGAUCGAGAAGGCUAAGCAAACUAGAGCCCCCCCGCCGGCGGCUAGAAGCCAGCCAAACGGUCCCCCUGAUUACAGUCGCGCCGAAGCUGCUAUCCCCCGCCCGCCAUCCCGCUUGGCUUCAAAUCUGCAGCGUUCUCAAGAAGAUGUCGGUCGUCCAGUCAACGCGGUAUUGUCGAAUGCGACCAAGGCGGGUGGAAAACGACCGCUACAACAAGAUUAUAAGGACGAGAAUUCCCGCCAAGCUCCUUCCCGCACCACUACUGGUUAUCAGUCAAAGGAGCCGAAGCGAAUGCGCAUGACUGAUGAGUUUGACGACGAUUUUGAGGUCGAGAAGCAACCGAGCUUGAAGGGGGCGCCUGUGCGCCCAUCGGGUGGUUAUAAAAAGGACCUACCGACCAAGUCGAUGUUCAGCUCGGGAUAUACAAAUGUGCCGCUGAAUAACAGAGACCUGUUCAAGACUACCGUGACGAACCAGCACAACACCCAAGUCAAGACCGCACACCCAUUGGACAUGGCUCAGGUGUCCAAGGCUCCCAUUCCCUUUGCGGCCAACCCAAAUGCGACUGGGUCGUCUUACAAGACACCUGCACGACCUCAGGGAGUCAUGGCGGCUAAGUCGGCGGCUAAGUCUGCAACAAGGUCUUCUCCGAGGUUCCAGAACGGCGAAUUGAUUGACUUGCCUGAGAUUAAUACGGAUGAUGAAGAUGAUGACUAUGAUGAUGGCGCAAAGGACAUGAUUGCGUCCUGGGCCGACUCACCAAACCUCCGACAGGCGCUUGUGGAACAGGAGUCCAAAGAUCCUUUUCAGGUCUUUGGAGCACCAGGACCAUUAAAUAUGGAGGAGGUCUUCGCCAAGAGCAAGGAUCGAUUCCACAAGUUCCGCGCUCGUACUUCCAGUGCCAAUUGGAGCGGUUCUGAUAGGCUGACAGAAGAGGAUAUCCGGAAGGACCUUGCGGCACGGGACAAGAUAAGACGAGAUGGCGGGUGGAGCUAUGAAAUGAGCAGAGAUAUGGUAUAGAAUUAAGAAGGCUCGUGUACUACCAGAUGCAUAGGAAGUAUUGCAUUAAAAAAAGGUGUUGUUGGUCUACUUUGAUCAUGACAUUCGAGGGCUUGGCUGCGGGUUCCGGCGUUUUAAGGUAUUAGGGAAAGGUCAUUAGGUCUGUCUCAUGGACAUAUGAGAACUUAAAAAAAUGCAGAUAGGGUUGGCCUGGCCUGGUUUCAGCAUAGGGAAAUAUAAGUUAGGCUCGAAAUGAAUAGUUAAGGCCUUUUCAUGCUUUGAUUUUGUUCCUGGUGUCGAUGGUAAUUUGAUAUUUGUGGAAUAUAACAGACGUGAUUGAAUGAAUGCACCAUGACGACUGAUGUUUCAUUGAAGCGAGAUGGUGAUGAUGGAGUUUUACGAAAGACGUAGUAAGGCACAUCAAAUCAGGGUCUUGACAAAGAGGCGCUGGAUCUGGAUAAAUAUUACUCGUCUAUUGUUUAUACAGCAACGGGCAACUCAAGUAUUGGUGAGGUUAGGUACCUAGGUAUCUGUGCAGGCUUUCAACUUGGAAGACCUAACACCAAGUGGAUAUAAGAAGAAUGUUGUCGGGUUCAAGGUUCAUAUAUGUGUUGCAAGAUCUGUAUAACAAACUAGGUCCCUACCUAUAACUUUAGGUAUU